UAGCAUAGAUCUUACUACUUCAUAACAUUAUACCCGUCUCUGUCUCCUUCCUCUCUAUCUCUUUAACUACUCCUGCCCAAGCCUUAUCCUCAAACCCUCCUCUUCUAAACCCCUCCUCUCCACCCUCCAAACAAAAUCCAUGUCUGCCACACCCACCUUCAAGCCCUUAUCAAUGGCAGACUCCUGCCUCAUAUCCCUCCCUUCCCUCUUCACCUCUAAGCCACCAGCUCUCUCUCUUUUAACCCCACCCAGAGCCAUUAAACUCCACUUAUCCCACUCCUCCCUUUCACUUCUCUCUCUAAAACCCAAGACCAAGUUCUCUUCUUUUCUUCCCUUGGUGGCCCAGACCUCGGACUGGGCUCAGCAGGGUGAGGAGAACGAGGGCUCUGUUACUGUUGAAGAGAAGUGGGAGACUCAGGAGAGUGAGACUGAAGAGGGUACUGUUUCUGACUGGGAAUCUGAAGGAGAGGGGGUUUCUGCUGCUGCUGCUGCUGCUGCUGAGGAGGAUGAAGGGUCUGAGCCUGAUGAGGAGGCGUUUGAGGAACCUCCUGAGGAAGCUAAGAUUUUUGUGGGGAAUUUGCCUUAUGAUGUUGAUAGUCAGAAAUUGGCUAUGUUGUUUGAACAGGCUGGUACUGUUGAGGUUGCUGAGGUUAUUUACAACAGGGAAACUGAUACUAGCCGUGGAUUUGGAUUUGUGAGCAUGAGUACUGUUGAGGAAGCGGAUAAGGCUGUCGAGAUGUUCAACCGUUAUGAUAUAAAUGGAAGGUCCUUGACUGUAAACAAAGCUGCUCCUAGAGGAUCAAGGCCAGAACGUACUGCUCGUGUGUUUGAACAAUCUAACAGAAUCUAUGUAGGUAACCUGCCUUGGGAUGUCGAUAAUGCUCAGUUGGAGCAAGUUUUUAGUGAACACGGAAAGGUGGUGGAUGCUCGAGUAGUUUAUGACAGGGAUACUGGUCGCUCACGUGGUUUUGGCUUUGUAACCAUGUCUACUGAGACUGAGUUGAAUGACGCUAUUGCUGCUCUUGAUGGACGGAGUCUGGAAGGGAGGGCAAUUAGAGUUAACGUUGCUGAACAAAGGCCAAGACGCAACUUUUGAUGUAUUAUGAUUUAGAUAUAAGUUUCGGUCCCUGUUUUUCUUUUUUUUCCCGCAUUUUCUGUCUUUUACCUGUUCUUUUGUGAGUGAAGUUCACAGUAUUAAUUUUUGCUAGUUAGCUCAAUGGGAGAUUUUCAUCAAAAGAUAUGAAGCAAUGGAAUAGCUUCACAUGCUCCUAAAAUUUGUUGCUCAAAUUGACAGCAGAAUAUAGAUUAUGCAAUGCUAUUUCAGAGAUUUUCUU